CAGGAAGUGUGAUUGCUACCACCGGAAGCUCCAGCUGGAGCGACCGUAAAGUCUGAAAACAGACGAAGAAGAAGAAGAAGAAGAAGAAGAAGUGGGAGUUCCGCAGACUCUAACCUGUAACAAGAUAGAGCAAAGUGCCUGUGUGUUCCUGCAGUGUGAAUCCCUUUAGUCUGAACACAAGAAGAUGGAUCACAAAGUGCCCGACCUCCCUCAUGGUCCCCUGGACAUUUACAGGAAAAAAGCCUCCUUCAACUGGAAGGAAAUGUGCCUCUUCCUGGAUGGAGAAGAAAUGCUGGAGUUCAAGCAACAUAUUUUCAAGACUCUGGAGAACGAUCCUCUGUUUGCCCGUCGGCCCGGAGAAGACCUCUCUAUGGAGAAAAUGAGAGAACUGAACUUCCUCAGGGUGAAGCAACUUUUCCGCUACAACUUCGUGACAAAAGAAGAGUUGAUGGCUAAACCCUGGAAGAUGAUGGCCCUCACCGACUGUAUGGGCAUGUAUGACUGGACCUUGGUGGCCAAGUUCUUCCUCAAUAUUGGGAUGUUUGGGGAAACUAUUGCCGGCUCAGGUUCAGACAGACACAAGAAGUUUAUUGAAGACACGGCAGACAUGACGACAUACGGUUGCUUUGCCCUGACGGAGCUGAGCCACGGCAGCAACACCAGAGCCAUGAGGACCACCGCCACGUACGAUCCCUCCACGCAGGAGUUUGUGAUCAACUCUCCGGACUUUGAAGCUGCCAAGUUCUGGGUGGGGAACCUGGGGAAAACCGCCACCCACUCCAUCGUGUUCGCUCAGCUCUACACUCCUGACGGGGUGUGCCACGGCCUGCACUCCUUCAUCGUUCCGGUGAGAGAUCCCAAGACCCUGCUGGCUCUGCCUGGUGUGCUGGUUGGAGACAUGGGCAAGAAGUUGGGCCAGAAUGGACUAGAUAAUGGGUUCGCAAUGUUCCACAACGUGAGGAUUCCACGUGAGAACCUGCUCAACAAGACGGGAGACGUUAACCCCGACGGUCGCUACGUGACGCCCUUCAAGGACCCCAACAAGCGUUUCGGGGCCUCUCUGGGCGCCCUGUCCGGGGGCAGAAUAUCCAUCACCAGGAUGGGUAUGACCAACCUGAAGCUGGCUCUGGUCGUAGCCAUCCGCUUCUCCGCCACCAGGAGACAGUUUGGACCCAAAGACGCGGAGGAGAUUCCUGUUUUAGAGUACCAGCUGCAGCAAUGGCGUCUGAUCCCGUACCUGGCAGCAGCGUACGCUCUCGAACACUUCUCCAAGUCCAUCUUCACGAACUUCCUGGAGUUCCAGAUCGGACUGAUGAUGAAGGACAAGAGCAACAGACAAGAAGAGUUGGGCAGGGAGAUCCACGCUUUAGCCUGCUGCAGCAAACCACUGGGCUCCUGGACGGGUCAAAGGGGGAUCCAGGAGUGCAGGGAGGCGUGCGGUGGACACGGAUACUUAGCCAUGAAUCGUCUGGGUGACCUGCGUGGUGACAAUGACCCGAACUGCACAUAUGAAGGAGACAACAACGUGUUGCUGCAACAGACCAGCAACUACCUGCUCAGCCACUUCAAUGGGAAACUCCGCGGACGUUCAAGGAUCGAGUCUCCCCUUCACACUGUGGACUUCCUGGAUGAUUACCAGAAGAUCCUGGAGAGCAAGUUUACAGCAACAACGAUGGAGGAGUGUAUGGACUCUGCAGUGCCGGUGGCGGCCUAUCGGUGGCUGGUGUGUUUCCUGCUGGUGGAGAGUCAUAAGAGGCUGGAGCAGCAGAAGGCCACGUCCAGCGAUGAGUUCGAGGCCCAUAACAACAGCCAGGUCUACUACUGCAGGUCCCUGGCCAUCGCCUACGUUGAACACAACUGCCUUCAGAGAUUUCACGAGCUGACGACCGACCAGGACACACCAGCUGCUCUGAGGCCGGUGCUGAGGAAGCUGUGUGCCCUGUACGGACUGUGGAGCCUCAGCACCCACAUGGCCACGCUGUACCAAGGCGGUUACUUGAGCGGAAGGAAACCUGCAGACUUGGUCCAAAUGUCCAUCCUCACUCUCUGCUCACAGCUGAAGGAUGAUGCCGUGUCUUUGGUUGACGCUUUUGCUCCCACUGAUUUCAUUCUCAACUCACCCAUUGGCAGCGCUGAUGGCCAGAUCUACAAGAACAUGUGGUCAACGGUGAUGCAGGGCAACCAGGUGCUGGAACGUCCGUCCUGGUGGAAAGAGUUCUGCUCGGACAAACCCGUGGUUGGAUCCUUGCGUCCAAGACUCUGAAAUGUGGAACUCAGAGACGUCCUACAAGAGAUUACAGCAAUGAUAUAGCUAUAUAUAUAUAUAUAUAUAUAUAUAUAUAUAUAUAUAUAUAUAUAUAUAGUCCGACUAAAAAACUGUAUGGCCUUUGGUUGGAGAGUGUCAGACAAAACAGGACAUUUUUCACUUUUUCCAACAUCUUAGAAUAAAUACUCAAUUAAAAAAGGAAAUUAAGGUCAGUUAAGAUGCUUUAAAUCUUGAUCAUACUUCAGGGACCAGGUCUAAAUAUUAAUUUGUUGAGACCCUUGACUAAAACGUGUGUGUAAAGACAGAAGAGUCGUCCAAAUGUCCUGUUUUUAUCAGAUUUAUACGUGUGUUUGUCUGGCUCUGUUUCACAAACAGUUCCUGUGAUAAAGGAAUCUCUCAAACAUG